CUGGUCUUCUGGUAGCCUAAAUAAAUCUAUACGGCUCAUUGAUGGCGGUUCUUCUAUAAGAAAUGCUGCUAAAGUAAUGGGAAUCCCUUUUUCAAGCCUUCAGAAGAGGAUAAAAAAAGGUUCUACCUUAGCACCACAUCUAGGACGAUUCACUGUCUUUAGUCGUGAGCAAGAAGCCGAGCUAGCGAACUUGGUGAAGAAAAUGGCAAAUAUUUUCUAUGGUUGUACUGCUAAUCAAAUCAGAACAGUCGCUUUCGAAUAUGCUGAAAAAUUAAAUGUGAAGCAUAAUUUUAAUCAAGCUUCAAAAAUGGCUGGACGCGAUUGGUUGCAUGCUUUUAUGGCUAGAAAUAACAUUUCUAUUAGAAUACCGGAAGCGACCAGCAUAAAUAGAAUCACGGCCUUUAAUAAAACAGAGGUAAGUCUGUUCUUUGAGCUACUUGGGCAGCUGAUGGAAAAACACAAAUUCGUCCAAAAAAAUAUUUAUAAUUGCGAUGAAACCGGUAUUUCAACGGUUCAAACACCGGGAAAAAUUUUAGCUGCAAAAGGACAGAAAAGAGUAGGAUCUAUUACCAGUUGGGAGAGAGGAAAAAACAUCACCUUGUUGUGUGCUAUGAGCAGUGCUGGGGGGUACAUUCCACCUAUGUUUAUCUUCCCUAGAAAAAGGAUGACUCCACUACUUGAGAAGGAUGGUCCAGCAGGCGCGCUUUACAAAUGUUCAGACAACGGAUGGAUCAACAAGCAUCUCUUUCUUGAAUGGUUGGCGCAUUUUAAACAGCACGCUAAACCGUCUGCAGAUGAACCCAUCCUUUUAAUACUAGACAACCAUGCUAGUCACAUUUCUCUUUCCAUCUACAAAUAUUGCAAGUCUAAUCACAUUCAUAUGUUGUCUCUGCCACCACACACGUCUCAUAGAAUGCAGCCUCUUGACGUUUCUUUUUUUGGCCCACUCAAAAUGGCAUACAAAAAAGAAUGUGACUUGUUUUUGAAAAGCCAUCUAGCAAAAAAGAUAACCCCUUACGACGUAGCGUCCUUGGCGAGGAAAGCAUUUAAUAAUGUUGCUUCUAUUAGUAAAGGAGAAUCGGGGUUUAGAUCAACUGGAAUAUUUCCACUAAAUCCGGAGGUAUUCACAGAAGAAGAUUUUCUCGCUGCAGAAACUCUCCAAUCUGAGACCGUUGUAAUCGCUGCAAUGAAUCUCUCGCAGCUGCCUGUGUGAUUCCCAGUACAUCAAAAGAAGACUCGCCAGUUCCGAGCACGUCAACACAAAUUGUUUCACUAGAUCUUAUGAUGUCUAACCAAGAAGUCCCACUUGAUUCUGAAUCAGAUGUUGUACCACAAGUUCCUGGCACGCCUAAUCAAUCUAGUGUAUUGCAUGAUUUAAUAAAAAUGCCCGAGAAAGCAUCUGUUAUUAAAACAAGACAGGGCCGAAAGAAGCAACACGCUACAAUUUUAACUUCAACGUCACAAAAAGAAAAUCUGUUAGAAAAGGAAAUUAAUAAAAUGAAGAAAAAAG